AUGGCUACCGCCUCUCGCGCUUCUACCCCCGUAUCUUCGGGCGGAUCUCCCGAGCAACUCUCACCAGCCUCCAGAUUCAAGGCUCAGAUGGCAGCUAUCGACGACAGUGACGGUGAAGAAUCACCUUUGAGAAAGACCAGCAAGGAUAUCUUCACAAAACACUCCGACCUACCACAACACACACAACAAGAAGACGCGUCUGAUGAGCCGGAAAAGGAGGAUGUCGACAGACCCCGAGGCACGCUUGCGGCUAGGAUGCAAGGCAUUACCCGACCAGUGCAAUCAAAAGAUACCGAUAAACAGAACGAAACUGCCCGAGAUCGUGUAAAGAAGAAGCUCGAGCAGGAGGAGAAGGAGGCUAAGAAAGCGGAGGAAGAGCAUAAUUCAGACAUGCCCGAUGCUUCAUCAGAAGAUGAAACUCCCGUGGUACGCCGAAGACGGAUCCGCCACGUUCCCUCAUCACCGGCCGCCAGAAAUACAUCACGCGAACCCAGCCCAGGACUCUUUGUAUCACCAGCAAAGCCGAUACAAAACAACUCGGAUUCCGAUGGGGAUCUCCCUGCAAUCAAAUCGGAUAAAAUGGCAGCGCAGGUUAGGCGCCUAAAAGAGAAGAAGAAAGCUGAGGAAGCCGCCAAAGAGGCCAAGCGGGCAAAGCAACAGGGAAUUGAGCAGAUGGCAUCAGGCAGUGAUGGUUCCGGCAUUACUGACGAUGAGGGUGGGCGCCGCCUGACACAAACCGAGCGACCAAGUGCCCGAAAAGCAAGCAAGAAGGCAAUUGAGGAAAUGAACAGAGAAACUCAAAGAAUGUCAAGAAACAUGCAAUUGAAGCAUGAAGCGAAGACACGAAAGAAGAUCUCCAAAAAUAGCUUGUUUGAGCGAUUCAAUUUCAGGCCGGCAGGCGUACCAGAACCCAAGGCUGCUAGCUCGAGUAGGGGACCGACGCCUCACAGCGACGUUGAAAUGCAGGAUGCGGAUACACCUCCCAGUUCGCCGCCUGUUUCCAAAGAAACUGCCGAUGCAACUGAGCCAGUUCCUGAGACCAACGACUGUGACUUGCCAGCAAUAGACAGCCUCGCCGAGACAACCAAGCUCAAGUUGAACAAGGGUAAAGGCAAGGCCGUUGAACCACCAAACGAACAAAAGCAGCCAGCCCAAAAACCCAAACGCCAAUUCCGAGUCAAACUUCCACCAGUUAAAGCCAAUGCUGCCCUGGUGGACUCGGAUGACGAGUUGGAAAUCACGACAACGACCAAAGACAAAAUCCGAGCUGUGUUCGACAUGGUCCCCGUCAAGAAAGCUCAAGAGCACAACUCUGCUCAGGCCCUGCGCGCUCUUGCACAAGUCAAGUCUCCCGGUAAAGAGAUCCGUCGAAAGAACGAUAAUCAUGGCAUGACGCACGGCGAGCUACAGAUGUACCUUCAGCAAAAGGCUCGACAACAAGCCAAGCUGGAGCGUGACCGCAGACUUGACAUGCUGAAGGCACAAGGUGUGGUUAUCCAAACCGCCGAAGAGCGCGAGCGCCAGAUGCAGGAGGUUGAUGAUAUCGUUGCCAAGGCCAGGGAGGAGGCCCGAAGAAUUAUGCAAACCGAGCAAGCAGCCGCCAAGAAGGAGAAGAAGGAAAGCGGUGAGGUUGAUCCCCUGGCUUGGGAUGAUAGCGAUGAUGAGGAGUAUCAAGCAUCCGCUGAUGAAGCCGAUGGAGAAGUGUCGGCAAUCGAAUUGUCCGGAUCAGAAGAUGAAGGAGACGACGAGGACGAUGAAGCAGACGGUAACCCUAUGGUCGAGGGGGAAGCUGAAGAUGGAGAAUCAGAGGCUUCUGCUGGCGAAGAGGACGAUACAACUCCUAUCGCCAGUCAAGAUGUUCAUGACGACGCCGAUGAGCUCCCAGUGGCGAGCAAACGACGAAUCCGGAAGCCCAUUGUUCUCUCUGAUGGUGAUGAUGAUGAUGAAGAGGACUCGGUUGAGAUGACGCCAAAGUCCAAACCCCAAGCUGCUGUACACACAUCGCCUACAGUACCCAAUACCCAAUCUCCUACGGCACCAAGAUCGGUGCUACGUUCCGCCAAGAAGAAUUUCAUUCCUGGUCUUCCUGUACAAGGAGCAGCUGGCCUUGGCCUUACUCAGAUCUUUGCCGGCACCAUGGAUGACAGCCAAGUAGAUGUCGCCAACGGCCCAACCCAGUCCAUGAUGCCAGACUUCGACCAUUUUCCCGACUCCAACUUUUCUGCGACGAUGGAUGAGCCUAUGGAAGACAUGAUUAUGGACAGUCAGAAGGGCGAUACACAAAAGAUGACUCAAGGUGUGAACCUCGACUUCUCUCAAUCUCAGUUGCGCAGUCUUGACAGCCUGCUACGAGAGGAUAGCACACAGAUCUCUGAUGCGAUGGAUUUCACUCAGGAUGAGGGUCUCCAACAUCAAACACCCCUGAAGGACAGGUUUAUCGAGGCUCCGGCUUCUACCGUUGAGACAACGGUAGUCGACCAUGAGGACCCAACACAAGCUUCACCACUAGUCCGCCGUGGCCGCCUUCGUCGCAGAAUGGAUACAUCUGAGCGCAUUGAAGAAACUCCUGAGCCAACAGCCGCAGAAAAGUCAAACAGCGUUUUUGAUGUGCUCAAGGAGGGAGCUAAGCAAGACAAGCAGAAACGAAUUCGGGCAGAAUUCGACCACAAGAACAGUAAGGCCAAGGAGAUGAUCCAUGAACAGGCCGAGGAAUCGGAGGAUGAGUACGCUGGUCUAGGAGGCGCAGAUGGCGAAGACAGUGACAACGAAUCCAUCGCCUCGCUCAAGGAAAUCAUCGACGACGCUGCCGGCAACGAUGUUGAUGAAGCCAAACUCGCCGCUUUCUAUGCUGAUCGAGAACGUGUUGAGGAUGAGAAGCAGGUCGAAAAGCUUUUCAAAGACAUCACAACUGGUAUGCUUCGUCGCAAGCGUGGCGCGGGUUAUGAUCUCGACGACUCAGAUGAUGAUGGCGAGGCCCGUCGAAAGAUGAAGCGUCGGCAGUUCGCCAAGAUGCAAAAGGCUCUGUUUGCCGAUGAGCGUGUCAAGAAGAUUGCUGAGAACCCUGGUAACCAAGCUUUCCUCAAAACCAUCGAGGAUAGAGGCAGUGAUGACGAGAUGGACUUUCUGGAUGCUCCGGAAGAAACCAAUGAUCCCUCGCAAUCUCAGUCACAGGAUGAAGAUGGCAGCAAGGCCCAGGAUGUCUCCAACAGUCAAUCCCAAAAGACUCCUGGCCCUGCGGAUAACAGGGCCCCUGCCCAUCUGCGUAGAACCAAGGAUGGCAAGAAACCUUCCAACCUUGGUGAAGUACGCGAGACUCUAUCUGAAUUGCUUGAAGAACCCCACGGUUCUGUCAUUCCUGCUACCGAGGCUGGAUCUGACAGUGAAGGCGAGGUGGAAGCUCCCACACAAGCUCCUAGCGAUAAGGAGAACAAUGGAUCCAACCCUCGUCGUGGUCGCGUUGCAGUUGUUGAUCGUAUUACACUGAAACGCAACAGCUCUUCCAAUGUCAGCACUGGCCGACUUGCAUUUGCAACAACAUCGAGCUCUUCUUUCAAGGUACCAGCGCUUCUGCGCCGUGCAACAACCAACUCAUUUGUUUCUGGCACGACUUCAACCACCAGCCCCAGCCCUUCAACCCCAGCAAGUGGGUUCGGAGAAGGAGCCACGAUCAAGAAGGGAGCCAGCAAGAAGAGUGGCGUGCAUGCUUUUGCGCGCGACAGCGAAAGACGAGCAAAGCUCGAACAGAACGAGCGAAAGAGAGAGGAGAGGAAGGUUAAGGGGGCGGAAAGGCGAAUUGGAGUCGUGGGUGGUUUGCUGGCAAAGGGAUCAUUUGAGUAA